AUGAGAUAUAUGAUUUUAUUUGCUAUUAUAAUGCUGGCUGUAUCAGAAGAUAUUAAAUGCCCAGCUGAAAUGGAUACAACUGUUUCAUGUACAAAAGAAUAUGCACCAGUUUGCGGUUAUUCUUCUGAAGAUUAUGUAAAUAUUUCUUUAAAAUUUAAGCAACAAGGAACCUUCGAGAAUUCUUGUUUCGCCUGUAGAGCCAAGAAUGUAAUCUACUACAAACCAGAACCUUGUCUAGUUUACAGUGUCCCCCCCCCUGAAACAUCUACUUCAACUAAUACUAACAGUAAUUCUUCAACUUCGAGUUCAACAAGUUCAAUUUAUAAAUGUGAUUCACCCAAAGUUGAGAAUGCAAUUUGUCCAGAAUAGUAUAUAUCUUAUGAAAUAUUAUUAGUUACAAACAGACCUGUGGUUUGUUCAACAGCAAAAUCUAAUGUAUCAAGGCUCCUUGUGGACAAGAAUUUAGUAACGAGUGCUUUGCUUGUGCCAGUGCCAAUGUUGAUACAUAUUUUUUCGGAAAUUGCAAUGAACUUCCAAAAGAGUAUCUAUAAAUAAUAUCCAAAUUUUAGAGAUACCAACCAAACUUCCUAAACUGAUUACAUCAAGUGUUCAGACCCUAGACCAGAAAUGUGUGACAUGCUCUAUACAGACACUUGUGCAUUCACUGAAUUCCCGUGUUAUUCAGACAGUUGCAUGAAACUCACUGGAAGUGGUUGCUAGGCCUGCUCAGAUAAAACUGUUGUUGGUUACAUGAAAUAAGCAUGUUCAAAAUAUUAGUACUUAUUACAUUUAAGCUCUAGAUAAAUAUUUGAAUCCAGCGCUGCGGAUGAUCAAAAUAGUGGAACUGAUGAUUUAACCGAUCAAGAAGUUUAAUAUUAAUGCAGUUUGAACAGACCAACCAGUUGUGAUGACAAUGUCAACGAAGUUUGUGCAUCCUAAAAAUGCAAUGACACCGUUUGCAAAAAGGAAUAUUCAAAUGAAUGCUAAGCUUGCUUAGAUUCUGCUACAACUUCUUAUAGUAAAGGAAAAUGCGAUGUAGCCUCAUCAGGAACCCUCCUAGGUGUUGCCUUCAUCAUCCACCUUUUUAUAUGA